UCUCCUAUAUAGAUAACGCACCUUCACCUUUCGCAAUCGUUUUGCUGGCUGUUGGCGUCUGGCUUCAUCGCCCUUCUCUGCGACAAGGGUUUCCUCGAUCCUUAUCUUCUCUAUAACUUUCUGAAGACUCGAUCGGCAAUCGGUGCUAGGGUUUCGGGAGUGGUUAGGUUUCAUAUUGGCAAUGGUUUGUCCGAGGAGAGAGGGGUUCGAGGAGGAGGCCAAGGGAGAUUCCUCUGAUCGGUUUGAUCUUGCUCAGGAGAGCGAGGGUUCCGAUGAAUCGUUUGAAAUUGAAGGAUCCGAGUCAUCGGGAGAUUCGAUUGAUGUUCAAAACAGUGGAGGACUUUCGGGUGCCUUCUCUGGGAGGAUACGAGAUGUUCUUCGUGAUGGAGCGGAUGCUAAUCUUCUGCUUGGACGCGAGGAGGUGGAGAAUGGGAUUUUUCAGUGGCUGCAAGCGUUAGAUCUUCAGGUUAUCGGCGGAUGUCGUGCGGAUGAGAGGUUGAAGCCUCUGCUUAAGCUGAAUGCUACAGGCGGGGCUGCGGAAGACCAGUUUAUGGUCCAGCUUGUUCAGCAUUUUGAAGCAUCUGAAGUUGCAGUUCUAGCCCGUUGCUUAUGUCUUCCUCUUGUCUCUGUUCGUGUGGGAAAGAUUAACAAGCAGGGGAACAUGUUAUGCCCAACUGCUUCCAGGGGGUUUCUGAGUUUGACCCUUCUUCCGUCAUCCCACAUGCGCAUUUCAUUUACGGGGGAUGAUGGCUGCAUUGAGAGACUUGCAUUAGUUAGCAAUGAUCUGGAAAGCCCUUCAGUGAUUCUUGAAAAUAUUUCAGCUGAUACUUCGGGCCGUUCAUUCCUACUGAAGUUCCCAGAUUCCCAAAUCUUGUACUUCUGGUGCUCUGAGAAGUCUAAGGAUGAUGGCUUGGGAUUACUUGCUAAGAUGAAGGAUCUACUUAGCAGGAAGCCUUCUCUUACGUGUUUGACUGGGAUAUCUAAAGCUCGACUUGAUUCAUUUGCUACUCAUCUCCGGGUUUAUAUUCUUGCUUCGGCAAGCACCCCAACAGCUGCAUCUACUUCUUCAAGUGGGCUGUUGAUGUCUACUUCUGAUUUUCAACCAUCAUCAGAAACUGAUAUUUACUGCCAAUUAAGGUCUUCCCAUGCCCGAAUACCAGCAACUCAUGUAACAAUGGUGCAUCCUCUCUACCAAAGCAAUCUCAUCCCUAGAUCAAAUGCUUUCAAAGAUGGAACCCUUAUAAAUUCAUCCACGACCAAUGAUGUCCGUGAGAAAGUGAGAAUACUUGUUGGCGAUUCAUCCUCCAAUAUUCAGCCAAGUACCGCAACGGAGUCAUCAUUGCAUGAUCAAUCUACCAGUCAAAUUGAAGGAGAAAAUGUAGAAAAACAAGGAAGUCGUGGUUUGGUUCUUCCUGGAUUGACUUCUCUUUCCACUCCCUUAUUCUCAUUAAGUUCAACUUUCACCAUUCCUUCACAAAUUAGCAAUCAAAGUUCUUUUUUCUCUCCAUAUUACUGCUGGUGCCCUCCCUUCCCAACCUCUCUACAGUAUAACAAGACUUGUCAUCUGCCUACCGCAUCUGAAUUAAUGCCUCUCCCACCCCUCUCCACACUGUUAUCUCCUGCAGCCCCACCAGAGUCAUUGGUGACAUCCAAAUAUCCUUUAAAUGUUCCCGAGUUCCCGCCUCUAAAACUUCCUUCCCUUAUCUCUGACCCUUUGGUCCACCUAUCUAUGCCCAUCCCCUCACUCUCUCCCUUGCCAAGCUCACAGCAAAUUGCAACAUUCACGCCAUUCAUGUCAGAUCCCAUUGUCCAUAUCCCAGUCAUCGACUUCUGUUCUUCUGGGCAGGGUUACCUUGUCAGCGCGGGUCCUAUUUCUACAGCCAUUCCAACUUUGCCCAUUAGCCAUUCAAGUCAUCAGCUUCUCCCCCCUUCGGAAUCGACAGUUGAGAAGAAUGCAAGAGAGACACUUAGGUUGCUUAUGGCUUCAACACCAACAUUUACUCCAAAGUUGUUCAAUGUGCUUCCUGAGGUUCUUAGCAACAUGGAGCUAUGCGGAAAUGGGAGUUCGGUGAUUGGAAACGAUCUAUUUGAGGGAGCUUUGGUUGACGUUGAAUCGACUAGUAAUGGUACAUCUUCUACUGCAGCUGAUACAAGCGAUGAAAUUUACGAUGAAGAAAUGGAAGAAUGUAACUGCUCAAAGAUUAAUAAUUGUCGAAUGUUUAACCAUGAACCUGAUGAAAUAUAGUUGGCGGUGUGCUGCUUUUUGUGUAUAUGAUGGGCAGUUUGCAGCUUUGAUAAGGCCUAUAGUAGGCCCUUGUCUAUUCUGUAAUGUCGUCUGUGAUGCUUUUUCUCGCUGGCAAUUUGUUAUUUCCAUUAGGAUUUAGCUUGUUUGUAAUGUCGUGGCGUGCUCUUAAGUUUUGCUAGUAUCUUCAGUUCGAACAUAUUGGCCUGAAAGCAAGCAGUUCGGUCUAAUUUAUUUUCUUA